AUGGGCUUUCGCAUUUUCAGGAAUCUGCAGAAGCGCAGCAACGGUACACGGGCCAAAUUACUAUUAAGACCCGGAAUUUCACUCAGGUUUGGCGGAGAGACGCUCUACCCCAUUCACGUCGCUGCCCGCCUCGGCAACCCCGAGAUUGUGCGCUUGCUCCUUCAAGCGCGGGCCGAUCCGGAUCAGAAGACGUCUUUGGGUCGCACUGCAGAGGCGGUGGCCAAACAAGCAGAUGCGUUUGGCUCUCACAAGGAGGUUGUGGACAUGCUGCGAGGGGGCCUCAAGGUCCUAGGCCUUCGCGAGGCCGUAUCGCUGAUGCAUGAUGAGAAUCAGAAGAACCCGAAGAUGUAA